AUGGACGACGAGACGGCAGAGAUCGAACUGCUGGAGCAGAACCUGAACAAGACGCGCCAGAUAUCGCAGCGCAUGACCUCGAUCUUGACGAGCUUUGACAGCCGCCUCGUCAAGCUCGAAAAGUCCAUCCUCCCCCUCUACAACUCCACCCAGACCUUGACCAAGCGCAGCAACAAUAUCGAGAGCGCGCUGCAGAAGAUUUAUGAAGUCGCGGGCAAUCAGGAAGGCAUCGCCGCAGAGGAGGCCUUGAUUCUGCGCGGCCCCCAGCCAGAGCAACUGUCGGUCUACCAAGACGCUCUCGAGCGCCUGAACGCGAGCAUCGCGUUCAAGUCCUCUGACCGUGACUCGCGCGAGACAGCCCGUCUAGUCGACACCGGCGCCAAGAAGCUCGCGCAGCUCUUCACAAAACUCGUCGCCGAAGGCUCCUCGGGCUCUCCCCCCGCAGGCUCCGACUUUGAGCUCAUCCCCUUCCCCCAGCCCCUCCUCGCCACCCUCCAGCCGCUCGUCGCCUUCCUCCGCAGCCUCCCGCUCCCGACGACGCACCCCUCGCACCAGGCCGCGCCCGCGAUCCUGGCGACCCUGAAGGAGGCCCAGCGCGGAUACGCGGACAUGCGCGGGAACUGGGCGAAGAAGUGCUUGGAGCUCCAUGGCCGAAGGGUCGUCGAGCGCGCGGAGACGAUCGAGGGCGUAGAGGCUGGCAGGGAGCUCGGCAAGUGGGUCGGGAAUCUGCUGAACGUCGUGGAGGAGGAGUACGGCUUGCUGGUAGAGCUGGCCCCGCUGUCGGGCCAAACGCUGAUAUCGACGACCUUCAGCACGCUCCUGCUCCCGCUCAUCUCGCUCUUCAACUCCACGCUGUCCUCGCUGUCCUCGCUCAUCAAGCGCUCCCUCCACAAAUACACCUUCCUCGCGCUCUCCGCCUACUCCUCGCUCUCCACGCAGCAGUCCCGGUGGGACGACCUCAUCACGCGCCGCGGCGAGCGCAAGGAGAACGAGCUCAAGGACGGCCUGCACGCGCUCCGGGGCGUGUGCCUCCGCAGCUUCCCCGAGUUCCUCGCAGACCUCAAGGUCACGGCCCUCGGCAAGGGCGGCGAGCUCGGCACCGGGCUCGCGGAUUUCACGGUAUCGACGAUCCGCUAUCUCGAGCAGAUACUGGAGGUGCAGGAUGCCGUCGGGUCGGCCCUCGCGACGCUCGGGGACGGCAACUGGCGCAUGGGCGACGGCAUGCGGAUGGCGGCGAACAAGGGCCCGAAGUCCACCGAGCCGCUGACCGAGCGCAUCUUCCUGGAGCAUUACAUCUUCGACGUCGUGUCGACGCUGAUCAACUCGCUCGCGACGCUCUCGCGGAUGCAGAAGCGGCCCGCCUUCGGCUCCGUCUUCCUCCUCAACAACGUCUCCUACUUCCGCGCGCAGAUCCUCGACCCGCGCAAGCCGCUGCGCGCGCUCCUCCCGCGCCCGACGCAGGACCUCGUCAACUCGAACUUCCGCACCGCCAAGGCGGGCUACUUCGACUCGAACUUCUCGCCGCUCAUGCAGGCGCUCGCAGACGACAAGGAGAAGGCCGGCGCGAGCCGGGCCGCGACGAAGGAGAAGUUUACGCGGUUCUUUGAUUUGUUCGAGGAGGUCAAGGAGCGCCAUCGGAUGGCGAGGGUGCUUGAGGACGAGGAGGGCGAUCGCGGGCUGUUGGCGGACGAGGUGGUGAAGCUCGUCGUGCCGAGUCUCCAGCGGUUCACGCAGAAGAACAGGGAGAAGGAGUUCAGCAAGAAUCCCUCGAAGUACAUCAAGAUGUCCCCCGAGGAGGUCGAGGCUCAGAUCAGGAGUUUCUAUUAGACGAACAGAUGGCACGUCUGCUUUCGUUACUGUUGUUGUCAUUACUACUUGUCAAGAAUAUACCCGGCUCGAUGAGAUCU